UUACAGGAAGAAACCAAACGUUUUGAAACACCGUAACAUUUCAAGGAUCUGGUAAUGGAAGAAAUGGAUUUGGCUGUUUUGUGUUGAGGCACUGGCAUGGAGUACAGUUUGGUUACAGUCUUGCGUUGCUUGAUGGACUGUAGCUCCUAGUUACAGAGAGGACGAGAAAACUACAUGCAAUGAUCACAAGGAUUAUAUUGGAGCAGUGUUGAAGACGCUAAGGAUAUUACUGAAGGUUCGAGUUCUUCACAUAUCGAUUGUGACCAGGUGUGUGAGCAGGAUGAGCAGAACAUUUGUGACGCUAGCAGAGGUGUUGGAGACUCGAGGAGGUCCCCUUUUGGAGGAUGAAGUGUGGUCCCUCCUCCUGGGCACCACAGAAUCCCUGGUUGAUGUCUCAUACAAAGGACAUAACAGUAUGUGUAGCAUCAUAAGCCCCUCCUCCCUGCUGCUCUCGGGCACCGGCACACUGGCGUUUAAGAACUGUGCCCUAUCAGACGAGGCGUGCCACUUUACUGCGCCAGAGAUGCUGCGAGGCUGUGCUUCCUCAACCAAAGAUGUUAUGGAGAAGAUGCUGGUGUAUUCACUGGGUAUGACUCUCUACUGGUCUGUCAAUUAUCAUCUACCUCAGAAUCAGCCGGUCCAGUUGAGUGACCACCUGAACGGCCUGCUAGUGAGUAUGUGCGAGGACCUGGCCCACCGCAGGGUCAAUCUGAACAGUAUCCUGGAGUCCUGUUCGUCUCAGCACAAAGCCUCUCUCCUGCCUCCGCCCAACAGAGUAAUACGACAGCUGGUGGAGGAUGUCUUUCACGAAGCUGUGGACCGUGUGUCUGAGCCCUUUGUUCCACUGUGUGGGAGGAGUCAGAUGAUCAGAGAAAGGGUUAACGGUAAGCAUGAUCGGUAUCCUGACUACAGUGAGGGCUGUGCGGCUGGAGCAGGGAGCAGACAGUACUCUAACAACUCUGGCACCAAGUCAGAGAGUUUACUUCACAAACCCUGGAGACAGAAACCCACCCCUGCAUGCCCACCUAACAUAGACAGACUGCCACAAGAUCUCAGACACAUGGGAAGUAGCAGUAGCCCCUACAUUGGUGCCCCCUCAAAGGGUGCACCCCAACCCCACAGCCCCUUCAUCAACUUCAGUGACUCCUCAGCCAGCCUCACCGAGAGGAAAGUCAAGGCUCUGGGUCCUGAGUUUAUCAGGAUGGCUGACGAACCCCAUGUAGGUCUGGAGCUUCCCGGAUCCAUAGUGUCUAAGAAGGGCAGGUCUUGUUCGUCCCAGAGAGAGGUUAGUGUGGUGUUGCCCAGUGGUCAGUCUGUAUUGGUCAGAUGUGACAAAAAGUCCAGAGGGAGAGACGUGUUCGACAUGGUGGUGGCUCACGCUAACCUGGUAGAGCACUUCUACUUCGGACUGGCCUUCAUAGAUGAUGAUGAAUAUUUUUUCCUGGACCACGAGAUUAAAAUCUCAAAAGUUGCUCCUGACAGUUGGAAAAAAGUAGUGUCGACUUCUUUUCUUCUUUUUCUACGGGUCAAGUUUUUCGUUGAAGACAUCUCUUUCAUAUUACACAGGCUGACGCGUCACCAAUACUACUUGCAGCUGCGGAAGGAUAUCCUAGAGGACAGGUUGUACUGCAAUGAGGAGACGUGCAUGUUCCUGGCGGCUCUUGCUCUUCAGGCAGAGUUUGGGGAUUACAUGUCUGAGUUGUAUGGUAGGAACUACUACCAGCCGGAGCAGUAUGUGUCUAAGAGAAUGCUGGAGAAGAUGGCUCUUCCCACUCUAAAGGAGGAGUUGUCACGGUUCCACGCCAACAAUGCCGAGAUGCUGCCCGAGGAGGCUGAGACCGAGUUCCUAAAAAUCGCUCAGCAGCUGCCAGAGUAUGGGAUGGUGUUCCAUCGGGUAUGCCGGGAGAAGAAGCCGGUGGUGGGGGAGCUGGUGCUGGGAGUCUGUGCCACUGGAAUCAUUGUCUAUGAGCUGAAGAACCACCUCCGUACCGUCACACAACGAUUCCUCUGGAGGGAGACCGAUACCAUCUCUGCCAAUCGUCGUAAGCUGACAAUAGAGUGUGGUGGUCCCAGCAGUAAGAAGCACAGUUUUGUGACAGAGAGUUCUAAGAUUGCUCAGUACCUUCUUAGUCUCUGCUCCGCACAGCACAAGUUCCACAGUGAAAUGACCUCCAGGCAACUCAACUACAGCAUCGCUCAAGAUGAAAACAUUGAGAAGUACCAGUCUAUCUGUCGGACACGUGACUCCCAUAUGAAGCGUCUUUCAUGUUCCGAGGUCGUCCUGAACAGUGUAGAGAUACCGGCCAACCUCAGCCAACGCGAGUCGCUAAGUAAGUUGUGUGAUGACAUCACAUCGAAGGUGGAGGCAUGUCUACGGCAACAAAGUGAGAUGAGAGAAAUCAACAGAGAUCUACCCGAACCAUGCCCACUGUCAGAGGUGAAGGAACAGGCCUUGAGUACUCCAGAGCCCAUCCCCAGAAUCAUGUCCAAUGCCUCGCUACAGAAACAGGACUCUGAGGGCUUCUCAGAGGCCCCCUCCACAACCUCCUCCAUACCAGGUGGUCGUCUGAUCUCUCUGAAUAAGAUCAGUCUGCAGGGCGUGACAUUCACCAAUGCAGCAGCCAUCCUCCAGAGCAGCCCUGAUGAGGUGGAGCUCAUCGUCUCACAGCCCAAAUAUUCUCUGAGGGACAGUAAGACUUCUCUGGCCCCCAGUACUCAGAGUCUGAUGUUGGAGAGGGGCUUUGGAUCCCAGACCACCCUGAAUGGGACAGAGGCAGCCCUGGCUCUGUCUAACAUGGCCACAUCUAAACAUGGCAAGAGACUCCACAACCCUGUGGUCCAGAUUCUAGACGCUCAGGUGUGUUCUAGCUCUACCUCCAUCUGCAGUCUGAGGGCUGGGAAGCAGCUGGUGGUGGAGCUGAAAAAGGCUAAUGGCAGCCUGGGCAUCAGUGUAGCUGGUGGAGUGAACACCAGUGUUCAUUACGGGGGGAUCUACAUCGAGAGUCUGGUGCCAAGGGGUGCUGCUGAACAGGACGGACGCAUUCAGAUUGGUGACCGACUGCUGGAAGUUGAUGGGUCCAACUUGCGAGGUGUAACACAAAAACAGGCCGUGGAGUGCCUGAAGAGGACUGGAGAGGUGGUGCGCCUGCUUCUAGAGAAAGACCUCCAGGCGGCUUCACAGAGCCAAUCAGGAAGCCUCAGGAGAGACAGCUCCAUGGAGAUGACCUUGAGUGGCAAGGACUACAGCUUUGUCACUGAUGACAACACUCUGGAUGUGCGGUUGAAGAAGAGUCUGUGUGGUUUGGGCUUCAGCUUCUACAUCAGUGAGUUGAACAGUGGUUCUGACCAGGGCAGCAGUGUGGUGCACAUCAAAACUCUGUUCCAGGGUCAACCAGCCCAGGAGUCAGGACAGAUCAGAGAGGGAGACAUCAUAUUGACUGUCAAUGGAAGAUGGGUUUCAGGACUCAGCUACCAGAGGGUCUUGUUCCUGCUCAGUGGGACUCUGUCUGAGGUCCACCUGACUCUCUGCAGACCUGUUCCUGGAGUACUGUCUCAACUGGACGCUGACACACUGGUUCCUUUCCCAUAUCCUACCAGUGGGGUGAGGUCCAGGUCUCUCGACAUCAGGCUGGGAGAAGACUACAGCCAGCUGCUCAAGCUACAGUCACACCAGAUUCACCAGAACCAUCAGUACAACAAGGAGAACCAGGCCCAGAAGGGGCCUAUGAAAUCAUCAUAUGCCCAGGAACAAGCCUCCGGUCAAGAGAGUCAGGACAGCGAGAUGAAAGCAGCUGAGAAACAGCCAUCCUCACUCUCUCCCACCCCUCCCUCACCCCCCUCCCCGAUUUCCCGCACCAGCAGAAGUGACCCAGCAGACCAUGAAGAGUUGUCUGUUGUGGACGAGGAAGUUUCCAAAGAAAUUAGCUUGGCAUCUGGUGGGACCAAGACCAGCGUUAGUCCCAUGUACACCAGCUUGUCCUCGCAGACCACAAGCUCAACAAACCCCAAUCUGUCCUCGAAAACCACCUCCGUCCAGCAGACACGAUCUCAGCCCUUUUCUAGGCCUCCAUCCAGCCUCUCUUCUAGGAUGUCUGACCUCAACAUCAGCCACUCUGUGCAUCAGCCCCAGCCUGCUACACCCCCUCUUCCCAGCCUCUCCUCCCAUACUGCAAACCCUGACUCCAGGACCUCCGAUCGCAAACACAGCUUUACCUCCAAUCGUAAACAUAGCAUCACCUCUGAUUGCAAACCCAGCAUCACCUUUAAGACUACCAAUGCCUCCAACCUCACUAGUACAGUCAUCCAAUACCAUCCCCAGCCCCCUGACACCUUCCCCCUCUCUCAACCCCCCACACACUACCCCUCUCCCCAGCCUCCCCCCAUUCUCACUCUCUCCCCCCAUUCAGCCUGCACCCCUCCCAUGCACAUGUACUAGCUGGAGACAGGAGACAGAAGGGGAGGAGGAUGAAAAUGAUGAUGAGGAUCCCAGAAAGGGUAUGAUGAAGGAGUUUGAGAUGUGUGUUGUUCUGACCAAGUUGUGGCGCGGAGGUUUUGGGUUCACCAUCACACGCAGCAAACUGGAUGCCUGCUACUACAUCCAGGACAUACUGGACAACCCUGC